AUGGCGUCCGCUGUCUUCUUUCUCGAUCUCAAGGGCAAGACUCUCUUGGCCCGGAACUAUAGAGGAGACAUCCCUAUGUCCGCGGUUGAGAAGUUCCCAAUACUACUGAGUGAAGCAGAAGAAGAGAGCUCCGCCGUCCCCCCCUGUUUCUCAGACGAAGGAAUCAACUAUCUCUACAUCCGCCACAACAAUCUCUACCUUCUAGCCUUGACAAAACGAAACACAAAUGCCGCCGAAAUCCUGCUCUUUCUCCAUAAAAUCGUCGAGGUCUUCACCGAGUAUUUCAAAGAGCUCGAGGAAGAAUCAAUACGCGACAACUUCGUCAUCAUCUACGAACUCUUGGAUGAAAUGAUGGACUUUGGAUAUCCCCAAACCACCGAAUCCAAGAUCCUCCAAGAAUAUAUUACUCAAGAAUCACACAAGCUGGAAAUCCAAGCGCGGCCUCCAAUAGCAGUUACAAAUGCCGUGUCGUGGCGGUCAGAGGGUAUCCGUUACCGGAAGAAUGAAGUCUUCCUCGAUGUUGUAGAAUCGCUCAACCUCCUUGUCUCGUCAAAUGGCAACGUUCUCCGCUCCGAAAUUCUCGGCGCAAUAAAAAUGAAAUGCUAUCUCUCCGGGAUGCCUGAGUUACGCCUGGGGCUAAACGACAAAGUUAUGUUCGAAACAACAGGUCGGGCUACAAGAGGGAAAGCAAUCGAAAUGGAAGACGUGAAAUUCCAUCAAUGCGUCCGUCUGUCACGGUUCGAGAACGACCGCACUAUCUCCUUUAUCCCUCCGGAUGGAGAGUUCGAACUGAUGUCCUACCGUCUGAACACGCAAGUCAAGCCAUUGAUAUGGGUAGAAUGCAUUGUGGAAUCGCAUUCUGGAAGUAGGAUAGAAUACAUGUUGAAGGCGAAGGCGCAAUUCAAGCGAAGGAGCACAGCUAACAACGUCGAAAUCACCGUUCCUGUGCCUGAAGAUGCAGAUUCUCCACGGUUCCGAACGAAUAUCGGGAGCGUGCAUUAUGCGCCCGAGAAGAGCGCGAUUGUGUGGAAGAUCAAGCAAUUCGGUGGGAAUAAGGAGUUCUUGAUGAGGGCUGAAUUGGGUCUACCAAGUGUCAAAGGCGAUGACGAACAUGGAGGUGGCAUGACGGGCGGGUUUGGAGGUAGUAUGGGUGGCGUUGGAGGUAAAGGGGCAAAGAGACCUAUCAGUGUGAAGUUUGAGAUUCCAUAUUUCACGACGAGUGGAAUCCAACUCCAAUACUCCUCAUUACCAUGGGUCCGCUAUAUCACUCAAUCCGGCGACAUUGCCGUUCGAUUACCAGACGUCAGCUGA